AUGGUUGGCUGUUUAUUGUAUAUAUGCUUGGAGUUAUUUACAACUGGAAGACGUUUCGUGAUGCUCACGUGCUAUGCAAUUUUUGGCAUUUCGAUGAGUACCACAAGUGUAAUGCGUGGCUACAUAGCAAAAAUUAGCACAGUGAAGGAUCGAGCUAUGGCCGUCAGCUUAUUUGGAUUAGCACUAAUGCUAGCCGUUAGCGUAGGACCAUUGUUUCAAUUAGUAUUUUCUUCGCUGGCAUAUCCAGGACAUAUUAUUAUCGAAAACGCGCUCUAUCUGAAUAUUUAUACUGGUCCAAUUUACGUUGCCACACUUGCUAAUAUUGCCAGCUUAAUACUUAUUCUAGUCUUUUUCAAAGACAAACCGACUAUUCAUCAACCACUACCUCCAAAUGGACGGCUGCACCUCUAA